AACGAUCUUAGAUUAGAGAGUCGAACUCACUCCCAACACCCUUAAAGAAUGCAAGAGAAGUUAUUGCCAAAUAGGUUGCUGACUUCUUCUUUUGCUUUUUCUUCUUGAAAUAGACUUUUGUCCCAAUCUCUAAAGCUUACCAAUUCCCAUUUUCUCUUCCCCUCUCCAUACUCUCACACACAAUAAAUAGAAGCCAUCUAAGAUUGCUAAAUAUACAUCGAAAAAAAUGUUGUUCUUUAGACUACUUGUUGCUUCGGUUACCAUCUUUUGCUUCACAAGUUUAGUUCUUGAAGCUGCUGAAUUGCCAAAUGAUGAAGUGGAAGGUCUUCGUUAAAUAGGGAAGACACUAGGGAAGACAGACUGGAACUUUAGCGUUGAUCCAUGCUCCCGCCAAUCAGGAUGGGCGAAUCCAGCAACCGGACAAGAUAAUAACAUAACUUGUGAUUGCUCUUUCUCCAAUGGCACCAUCUGCCAUGUUAUUUUGAUAUCACUAAAGACCCAGAGUCUCCAAGGUAUGCUUCCAACAGAUUUGAGCAAGUUGCCCUACCUCAAGAAUAUUGACCUUACUCGAAACUACCUUAACGGUACAAUACCUUCAACAUGGGGCUCCACACAACUCGAAGUAAUCUCUCUUCUGGGAAACAGAUUGACAGGACCAAUUCCAAAAGAACUUGGAAACAUCAGUACUCUGAUAGAAUUUGUGGUUGAAUCCAAUCAACUUUCAGGAGAACUGCCUCAAGAGCUUGGAAAUUUAAACAACAUUAGAAGGAUGCUGCUCAGCUCCAAUAAUUUUAGUGGGCAGUUGCCUGAAACAUUUGCAAGCCUCACCACAUUGGACGACUUUCGAAUCGGAGAUAACCAGUUCACAGGCCAGAUCCCCAGCCUUAUUCAGAAUUGGACUAAUAUUACAAGAUUAGUGAUUCAGGCUAGUGGCUUAAGUGGGCCAAUCCCAACCGGCAUAAGUCUUUUGACAAAGAUGAUUGACUUGAGAAUUAGUGACUUGAGUAAUGGAACUGAAAUAUCAUUUCCACCUUUGAAUGAUUUGAAAAACCUGAAGAUACUGAUAUUAAGGAGUUGCAAUAUUGGUGGACAACUACCUCCAUAUCUUGGACAAUUUACCAAAUUGAGCUCCACCUUAGACCUCAGUUUUAACAAACUAACUGGACCAAUCCCAAGCAGCUUUUCCAGUUUAUCAAAGACAGAUUUCAUAUACUUUACUGGGAAUAUGCUGAGUGGAACAGUGCCAGAUUGGAUUCGAAAUCGAAAAACAAUUGAUUUGUCCUACAACAAUUUCACAACUCAAAGCGCAUGUCAAGAACGUAACAUAAAUAUUGUUUCAUGUUUAAGAAGCAAUAGUUGCCCAAAAACUUUCUAUUCUCUUCAUAUAAAUUGUGGAGGGACAGCAGCUACUAUUAAUGGAAUCUCAUAUGAAGAUGAUACAGAUGACGCUGGACCUUCACGAUUCUUUCAAGUUAGAACUAACUGGGCAGUUAGCAAUACUGGUCAUUUCAUAGAUAAUUCCAGCAAUAAAGAUGCCUAUAUGGCCACAUACACAACAAAGCUCUCCCCAGGCACUUCUACGUUAUACAUGACUGCACGCAUUUCUCCAAUCUCUCUUACUUAUUAUGGUUUCUGCAUGGGGAAUGGGAAUUACACAAUUGGCCUCCAUUUUGCAGAGAUAAUGUUUACGAAUGAUAAUACGUAUAAUAGCCUUGGAAGGCGCAUUUUUGAUAUUUACAUUCAGGGAAAGCUUAUGCAAAAGGAUUUUAACAUUGAGGAUUACGCUGGUGGGGCUGGUAAGGCAACUACAAAAAAUUUUACCACCAUUGUUACAAGUCAAAUAUUGGAGAUACGCCUUUAUUGGAAUGGAAAAGGGACAACUAACAUUCCCUUUAAAGGAGUGUAUGGUCCUCUUAUAUCUGCCAUCUCUGUCAUUCCAAAUUUUGUUCCCCCUUCAGAAGGUAGUAGUAGUAGUAUUUCUACAAGCAGAGUGGUUGGUAUUGUGGUUGCUGUAGUAGCUGUCAUCUUCCUAGUUCUAUGUGUCCUUUGGUGGAAAGGUUGUCUAUGGCGUAAAGAUAUAAUAGACCAAGAUUUAAGGGGCCUAGACUUACAAACAGGUUCGUUUACAUUGAGGCAAAUAAAAGCUGCUACAAACAACUUUGAUCGUGCUAAUAAAAUUGGAGAAGGUGGUUUCGGUCCUGUUUAUAAGGGCCCUUCUUUCAGAUGGCACUUAUAUGAAAAUAAAACAGCCUUGCUCGUUGCUUUGUUUGGUCCUGAAGAACACCGAUUAAAUUUAGAUUGGCCUACAAGACAGAAGAUCUGUGUUGGUAUAGCAAGAGGUUUGGCUUUUCUUCAUGAAGAAUCAAGGUUGAAGAUUGUACAUAGAGACAUAAAGGCCACCAAUGUUCUUCUUGAUAAGAAUUUGAAUCCAAAGAUAUCUGACUUUGGUUUAGCCAAGCUUGAUAAAGAAGAAAAUACCCAUAUAAGCACUAGAAUUGCUGGAACCUUUGGGUAUAUGGCACCUGAAUAUGCAAUGCGUGGUCAUUUAACUGAUAAAGCAGAUGUUUACAGUUUUGGAAUUGUUGCCGAUGUUUACAGUUUUGGAAUUGUUGCCCUAGAAAUUGUUAGUGGAAGAAGCAACACUAGUAAUCGGCACAAUAUGAAGAAGGAUGACUUUUAUCUUCUUGAUUGGGCAUGUGUUUUAAAAGAGAAAGGGAGUUUAUUAGAGCUAGUAGAUCCAAGACUAAGCAAAGACUACAAUAAAGAACAGGUUGAGACAGUAAUCCGUGUGGCUCUUUUAUGUACUAAUGUCUCUCCAGCAGUUAGGCCUGCUAUGUCUUCAGUUGUGAGCAUACUUGAAGGAAAAGCUUCAGUUCAAGACUCCAAAUUGGAUUCAAGUGUUUUACAUGACGAUUUCCAAGAACUCCAAAUUGGGAAUUCAAAGUGUUUACAUGACGAUUUCCACAGUUGA